CCGCCCCUCCAUGGUCUGCCGCGAGCUCCUCGGACUCUGCCCGGAGCGGACCUCGGGGGCGCGGGGCUCCAGCGUCAGUCGGAUCCCAGGUCAUGGCGGUCCCGGGGCGUGCGCCGGCAGCUGGAGCCAGGCCUAGGUUAGAUCUGCAGUUUCUCCAGCGGUUCCUGCAGAUACAGAAGGUUUUAUUUCCCUCUUGGUCAUCACAGAAUGCCUUGAUGUUCCUGACCCUUUUGUGUGUGACCCUACUGGAACAAUUGGUCAUCUACCAGGUUGGCUUGAUUCCCAGUCAGUACUAUGGAGUCCUGGGAAACAAAGACUUGGAUGGAUUUAAGAAUCUGACCUUCCUGGCUGUCAUGCUCAUUGUUCUCAACUCCAUGCUGAAGAGCUUUGACCAGUUCACCUGCAACCUUCUGUAUGUGAGCUGGAGGAAGGACCUCACCCAGCACCUCCACUGCCUCUACUUCCGGGGCCGCGUGUAUUACACCCUCAACGUGCUGCGCGAUGACAUCGAUAACCCGGACCAACGCAUCAGCCAGGAUGUGGAGCGAUUCUGCCGGCAGCUCAGCAGCAUGGCCAGCAAGCUGAUCAUCUCCCCCUUCACCCUGGUCUACUAUACUUACAAGUGCUUCCAGAGCACAGGCUGGCUCGGGCCCUUGAGCAUCUUCGGGUAUUUCCUUCUGGGAACCAUGGUGAACAAAACCUUGAUGGGGCCCAUUGUGGCGAAGCUGGUGCACCAGGAGAAGCUGGAAGGGGAUUUUAGGUUCAAGCACAUGCAGAUUCGGGUGAAUGCCGAGCCUGCUGCUUUCUACAGAGCUGGGCACGUGGAGCACAUGAGGACAGACUGCAGGCUGCAGAAACUUCUCCAGACCCAGAGGGAGCUGAUGUCCAAGGAACUCUGGCUGUACAUCGGUGUCAACACCUUUGACUAUCUGGGCAGCAUCCUGAGUUACAUUGUCAUUGCGAUCCCCAUUUUCAGUGGGGUCUAUGGAGACCUGAGUCCCACAGAACUUAGCACCCUGGUCAGCAAGAAUGCCUUUGUGUGCAUCUACCUCAUCAGCUGCUUCACCCGCCUCAUCGACCUCUCCACCACGCUCUCGGACGUGGCCGGUUACACGCACAGGAUUGGGGAGCUUCGGGAGACCCUGCUGGACAUGUCCUUGAAGUCACAGGACGGCGAGAGCGAGUGGGGCUUAGACAAGGCCCCAGGGUGGCCAGCAGCACAGCCAGCAGACACGGCUUUCCUCCUUGAGCGGGUCUCCAUCUCAGCCCCCUCCGCCGAGAAGCCCCUAAUCAAGGAUCUGAGUCUGAAGAUCUCCGAGGGGCAGAGCCUGCUCAUCACGGGCAACACCGGCACUGGCAAGACCUCCCUGCUGCGGGUCCUGGGCGGCCUUUGGGCAAGCACACGGGGAUCAGUGCAGAUGCUGACGGACUUUGGGCCCCAUGGGGUACUUUUCCUGCCACAAAAGCCAUUCUUCACUGACGGGACCCUUCGGGAGCAGGUGAUAUAUCCCCUGAAGGAGAUCUACCCAGACUCAGGGUCUACAGAUGAUGAGAGGAUCAUGAGGUUCUUAGAAUUAGCAGGCCUGUCCAGCUUGGUGGCAAGGACAGAGGGCUUGGAUGAGCAGGUCGAUUGGAACUGGUAUGAUGUUCUGUCCCCAGGGGAGAUGCAGAGGCUCUCCUUCGCCCGCCUCUUCUACCUGCAGCCAAAGUUCGCAGUGCUUGAUGAGGCCACCAGUGCCUUGACAGAGGAGGUGGAGAGCGAGCUCUACCGCAUCGGCCAGCAGCUGGGAAUGACAUUCAUCAGCGUGGGACAUCGGCACAGCCUUGAAAAGUUUCAUUCCUUGGUUCUCAAACUCCAUGGAGGAGGAAGAUGGGAACUGACCAGAAUCAAAAUGAAAUGAAGCCAAGGAUGUGGAUGACCACUGGAAGGAGAGCUGCACUCCAGGCAUGUCACAGUCCCCGGGGGAGACCAGGAGGACUGACGGCAAGAAUGACCCUCCAUGCCAAACAGGGUCACAUGGGGCCUAUUGCAGGAACCUGGCAGUGGUGGGCUCAGCCCAGGUAUUGGCCUCUAUAGGAGACAUCGAGCCUCAGCCAGAGCCUCUAUAUACUUGAAAUGCCUAUUGCUUAUAAAUUACUUGUAAUUAUGUUUGCUAAAGAGAAUUCAGAAAGUGUGGGGUCUAUAAGAUGAAAAGUCAGGGCAGAAAGAGCAUUGGACUUGGAGUCAAGAGAUUCAGAAAUAUUUUACUCUUAAAUCAGUUAAGUUUUGCAAUGAUAGGUUUUUUUAACUUUUUUAACUUCAAUUAACCACUUAAGUUUUAUCACUUUUUUAAAAAGAAAAGUUAAACAUUACAAAACGUGGGGUUUUGCCUUUUUCUCUGGCUUUGCUAUUAUGGAAUGAUCUUUUUACUGAUUCUCCAGCCUUGUAUCUGAGUACUUGGAGGGAAGGGGCAGCACCCUCCACUUUGCUAGAGUCUUCUGCCGUGGUUGUUCGCUUCCCUCAUCUCCCUUUCUUCCCUUCCUUCAGUGUGGUGUGGUUUAGGACCUGAUGGAAAUAAAUCUCUUUCCACUUCCUAGCUAAAAUAAGGUUGGGGCCAGGCAUGGUGGCUCAUGCCUGUAAUCCUAAAGCGGGUAGAUUGCUUAAGCUCAGGAGUUUGAGACCAGCCUGAGCAAGAGCGAGAGCUUGUCUCUAAAAUUAGCUGGGCAUUGUGGCAAGCGCCUGUGGUCCCAGCUACAAGAGCAGCUGAGGCAAAGAGAAACACUUGAGCCCAAGAUUUUGAGGUUAUUGUGAGCUAAUAUGCCACAGCACUCUACCCAAGAAAUAGAGUAAGACUCUGUCUCUAAAUAAAUAAAUAGUUGGGAUUUUUCUAAAAAUAAUCUACAUUAGGAAACAACAACAGAUUAAACAAAGCCCAGAAAGCAUAAACCAUGAGGGGAAAGUUACUGUACCCAAACUUCUUGCUCCAGAGCAAUGUCCCCUAAAGUUCACUUGUCUAUAUAUCAUCUACAUGAUUUUUGCCAUGUUUGUAUAUUUACACUUACACUGUUCUUAACAUUUUUAAAACACUAACUCACUGUUUUAUUUUUUAUUUUAUUUACUGAUUUAUUUUUAAUUAAACAGUCUCACUUUACUGCCCUUGGUAGAGUGCCAUAGCGUUACAGCUCACAGCAACCUCAAACUCUUGUGCUCUAGCGAUCCUCUGGCUUCAGCCUCCCAAGUAGCUGGGAUUACAGGUGCUUGCCACAACACCUGGCUAUUUUUAGAGACGGGGUCUUGCACUUGCUCAGGUUGAUCUCCCAACUCCUGAGCUCAGGCAAUCCACUCGCCUCAGCCUUCCACAGUGCUAGGAUUAUAGGCAUGAGCCACCACACUAGACUUUAACUCACCUUUUUAAUUUAAAUACAUGUUUUAAAAAAAUUUUUACACUUGACUUAAAUGCAGAGUAACUAUAAAAAUAAAUAUUAAUACAGUGAAAACCAAACAGUGUUAUUAAACUGCAACUAUAUGGAGUUGCCUGCAAAGACUGUGAGGCUUGCUCUCUUCGUAAAAAAGGGAGGUUGGGAGAUGUGAGAGAGGAAUUAGGCAAUGCAGCACCCAAGUGGGAUUGUUCUCCUUAAUAGAAUUAGCAAGAUGGAAUAAGGAAUCGUACGUCUCACGGUAAGAUUUGAGUUUGUUUAAUGCCUUCUUGGUACCACUUAAAAGGCUUACUUUAUCCUUACCAACUUCUUCAACCUCUGAGCCUUUUUCACGAGUGCUGGUACUGGCAGAUUAUUGUAAAGAUCGAUUUCCUUCCCAACUCAGGUUCUUUGCAUCUGCUACUACUUCUACCUCUAAUAGGUUCCCAGUGCUGUUUCUGAUCUCCCUAGCAGGAACUGCCAGAGAAAGCUGCUCUCAGGGCAAACCCAGCACCUGUAUUCUUCACUCAUCUCAGAAAUGGAGGCUACUGAGAGUUUUAGAAUAGUUGAUUAAACCUGCAUGAAAGAAAUCAGGUCUUGCGCCCUUCAUGGUACAUUACAAGGACAGAAAUGUUGUUAAAUGUAUCAUGUAUCAGUCAGGCAAGUAAUUUUCCAAAUUUAAGUCCCAUUCUGCCACCCAGAGAACUAACCAGACCCACGCGGAUGAGGCAUAGGAAUGUCAGCUUAUGUCCCCCUGUUGCUCUUCUGGAAGAUCCUAGGCUGUGGGACAGGGUGAAAGGCCCUCUUUUGUUAUCUUCAUCCACUUCUGCUUGCCAUGUCAGCUUGUGUAUAGUAAAGUAGUACAGACAUCUAGGACCCAAUGUUUCCAAAACUGCACAUAAGAGCUUUCCCCAAAGCUUUCUGUAGUGUCUCCUCAGACAGUGAGUAGCACCACUGUCCGUCUGGAUGGUCAGAACUGGCCUCAUCCUUGGAGCACCCCCUCAGCCUCUAAGCAUUACAUCACGGUGUACUGUUGAUUUGACCCUGAAAAUAGAUCUUCUAGGCAAUCGCAAAAACAACCAAAAAUAAACAAAUAGAACUAAAUAAACUAAAAAGCUUCUGCACAGCUUAAAGACACAACAAUUAAAGCAAAUAGAUAACCUUCAGAGUUGGAAAAGAUAUUUGCAUGUUAUGAAUCUGACAAAGGGUUGAUAACUAGAAUCUACAGAGAACUCAAAUUAAUCAACAAAAAAAGACAAGUUUUAUGAUGUGGGUUAUUCUCACUGGGGUUGGGUGAUACCUUAGGAUGGUUUUGAUUUACAUUUCUCUGACAAUCAAGGACAAUGAGUAUUUUUUCAUGUUUGUUAGCCAUUCGUCUAUCUUCCUCAGAGAAGGUUCUGUUCAUGUGGCUUGCCCAGUGAUAGAUGGGACUGGUUGGUCUUUUUUAACAGACACCUCCCUACACACACACUUUAUAAGCAGAUAGGAGAGGACUUUGCAAAGCCUUUUUAGAUCCACCCACACCUAUACUGGCCACUUCACUCAAAACCAGUUGGGGAGGAGGUUAUUAGAACGGAAUUUUAAAAGUAUUUUUAAAAAAUAAAUGGUUGGGUGGUGCCUAUGGCUCAGUGGGUAGGGCACCAGCCCCAUAUACCGAAGGGGGUGGGUUCAAACCCGGCCCCAGCCAAAUUGCAACAACAACAACAAAAAAUAGCCAGGCAUUGUGGCGGACGCCUAUAGUCCCAGCUACUUGGGAGGCUGAGGCAAGAGAAUCACCUAAGCCCAGGAGUUGUAGGUUGCUAUGAGCUGUGACGCCACGGCACUCUAUUGAGGGCAAUAAAGUGAGACUCUGUCUCUACAAAAAAAUAAAAAUAAAUUAAAUGGUUAGGUCGGGCGCAGUGGCUCACGCCUAUAAUCCUAGCACGCUAUGAGGCCAAGCCAGGUGGAUUGAUUGAGCUCAUGAUUUUGAGACCAGCCUGAGCAAGAGCAAGAUCCUGUCUCUACUAAAAAUAGAAAAACUGAGGCAAAAGGUUCUCUUGAGCCCCAGAGUCAGAGGUUGCUGUGAGCUAUGAUGCCAGAACACUCUAACCAGGGCGACAUCUUGAGACUCUUGUCUCAAAAUAAAUAAAUUAAUUAAUAAAUUAAAUGGUUAAAGUUUGUACAGAAACUAAAGUGGCCAGAUCACCCAAGGCUGGGGAUCUGAGACCCAGGGCAAAAGGAAGGGUGACCCUUUCCAAGGAAGGGAGUCCUAAGAGACCUCAGGCCACCCCCAUUCCUGCCCAACAGUCACCGCCCUUAUCCUGACAAACCAGAGGAGUGGCUACAAUGUACCCAACCAGAGAUGCUGGUGGCCUUCUAGGCCAUUUCUGGCACACAAAAAAAGUGCAGGGAUACUGGAAAUCCUAGUUCAUAGGUAGUAGUAAUACUUAGGAAACAAGGCACAUAGGUAGCUCCAAACAUCCAUCCACCCACAAAAAAAUUAAAAUACAAGCAGAAACCAUCAGAAUCAACUUUGUCAGAAUUUUGGGCCUCUUUCCCUAUUCACCCUGGCAAUGGAGCCCCAUUUGCUGUCGUUGGUGAACAGAUCUUGCUCUAUAAGCCUGUAUCUUGUUCUUACUCUGUAAACUUACCUUUCUCUUCCUCAACAAGCUUUGUUCCAAACUUACCUUAAACAAACAAAACUGUCCGAGUUUUGGAAAAUAGUCAAAGGUUUACAACAAUGAUGGAAACACUGUAUCAAGAAAAAGACUGGGAAGGCCAGGCGAGGUGGCUCACACCUGUAAUCCCAGCCCUCUGGGAGGCCGAGGCGGGUGGAUUGCCUGAGUUCAUAAGUUCAAGACCAGCCUGAGCCAGAGUGAGACCUCAUCUCUAAAAAAAAUACCUGGACAUUGUGGCAGGUGCCUGUAGUCCCAGCUACUUGGGAGGUAGAGGCAAGAGUAUUGCUUGAGCCCAAGAGUUUGAGGUUGCUGUGAGCUGUGAUACCACAGCACUCUACUGAGGGUGACAAACUGAGACUCUGUCUUUAAAAAAAAAAGGAAAAAGACUAGGUAUGGUGGCUCACACCUGUAAUGCCAGCACUUUGGGAGGCCGAGGUGGGAGGAUUUCUUGAGGCCAGGAGUUUGAAGUUGCAGUAAGCUAUGAUGAUGUCACUGCACUCUAGCCAAAGUAAGACAGAGAUUCUGUCUCUUUUGUUUUUUUUUUUGGAGACAGAGCCUUAAG